AACUGGAAUCAUACUUUUUAAUGGCAGACAGACACAAGAUACAAGAGCACAUUGUCGCCCGGGAACUACUCUAGUAAAAUAAUGAUGUAAUGACGUGACCGGAGAUCACCCAACAAGUAACACAACAUGGAGCAGCAUGACAAUACUCACUGCCUGUUAACAAGUAUUACAGCCUUACAAAUUUGCCUUCUCCUAUUCUUUAAACAUUAACAUUUAAUGAAAUAUAGAACCCUGACAGAUUUCCUUGUGUAACCCAGCAUGGUUAAUCAUUAUAAGGCAGAAACCUGCAACAUGUGUCCAUAAUGGACAACAGUGCAUGAAACAUACAUGUAUUGUCAUGACUGUGCAUUGCAUCUCCAAUAUACACAUCUAUGCCAACUCUCCCAGAUUUUCUGGGAGUCUUCUGGAUACAGACUGAAUCUUCCAGUCUCCCUUACAGAUAAAAAAAAUCUCCUCGAUAUGAAGAAAAGCACGCAACACACACUUUUAAAACUUAUUUUGGCAUUUUUGGGGGAAAAUUCUUGCAAUAUUUGACACAUUUUUGUCCGGGAGCUCUACUUCAUUAAAGUUUUCUUGGGGUCACGAAGGUUAAAUCAGCAAUCUCCUAGAUUUCAACUUUUUCAUGUUAGCAUCAUUGUAUAUAUGUAUUUUUUCCUGCACAUAAAUUAUGUAAGCAUAAGAAAUUUAAAUUUUAACAUUGGCUAUAUCGCUGCUUCAAAAGCACUUCCAGCAUUCAACAUCAUAGUUAUCACAUAUUUCUGUGAUUCAUAUGACCUUUCCAGGAAAUAAUCACAAGCAGCACAAGAUGCAACGUGCGUGUAAUUAUAUAUGUUGGAGUAAGUAGUGAAUGCUUUUUCCAAGCUGUUUACGUAGUUCACAUGAAUUCUAAAGCAUUCUAUUGCAAUCCAAUGACCAAAUAAUCUGUACACAUACAUUCAUCAAACAACACAUUUCAAAGGUAGUAAACGGUUCCAGCAUCUGUCUCGUGCUUGGAAUAAUUGCUUAUUUCGUAUGCAAAAGAAGUAAGAAAACUUGAACUUAACCAACUCUUGCAAAGCAGGAUCCAUUCUUUAUAAAAGGAAUAUAGUGUUACCCAGGUAUAUUGGCGGAAAUAUUUCGUGUUCUGCUUUUUACAUAGUUCCAAAGGUCCUCCACAGUGGAGUUAUUAUUCCAGUACGUCUUGAAGAGGCCCAAAGCAUCGAAAGUUUCAUUGUCUUUCGUUGAUCUCAGAGGACCCAGUUUUGACAGUUUAGAUAUGUCGAACUUCUUAUAAUUAACCUCAAUCUUGUCAAGGAACCUGCUUGAUUCGGUGUAAAUAAAAUACGUCAAGCAGAUGAAUAAGCUCCAGAAGACUAGACAGAGGAAUAUGCCUCGUGGAGAAGUUAUCCCCAUUCUCUUUAACAUUCUCCAAAUUCGUAAUGCCAUAGGAUUGUAGCUCGGUGUUCCGUGCGGCAUUUUGUGAAAUGUUUCCAAAAGGAACUCUUGAUCAGGCCAAAGUCGUCAAAAACGCUGAAGUAGUUAAAACAAUUACCAAGGCUCCUGUCUUUCGCUCCAGAAGAUGAUCUGUCUAAAAUAUCUUUCGCAAAUGAAGUCUUCACUGUUUUCAGAGUUCGACUAUGGUAGCACGCUGGUAGUCAAACAACAAAAUAAACUGCAAGGCGUUCAACACGCUGGUUCCCAGUGUUGCUCGAUCAUAGCACAUAAGAUUAGCAAAAAAAAAACCACUGCACAGGACUACUGAACAGCAGAACCUAAACCGAUCGAUAUUGACUGUUUGGGAUGGUCGCGUAAGACUGACAUUGAGCAAGCACCGUCCCUUACGUCCUUGCAAUUGUUGUUUUUCGCAUUUAAUCCAGAAGGAAGUCACGCGUCCAGUUUUGUUAUCGCAGGGAUGGCACAGUGGUGAGACCGCUCGCCUCCCACCAAUGCGGCCUGGGCUCGAAUCUUAUACUUGGCGUGUUAUCCUCCCUCCACAAAUAAACAAAUUAAAAAUGCUAAAUGCCAGUUCGAUCAGGGAACAGAGGACGAAGAACCUCCCCGCGGAAUGUGCCACUACAAAUUCCUAUUUAUUGCUAUUUUUUUCUUUCUUUCUUUCUUUUUUUCUUUUGUCAUUGAACAGGCCCCAGAUAUAUUUUCUGACCGCGUUUCAGUAGCAUGGACCGACUAGAAGUAUCUGAUCUCUCUCCUGGGUGGGAUGCUUCGCAGGGUUACCAGCAGCAUUAAAUUCACCGAUACCCAUUUGUAUACCUUCGUGGAGAGGAGUGAAGAAAGAGUAGCAUAUUUUGACUAAAAACACAACACAAUGUUCCCAGAGAGGGCUCGAACGCGGACCGCUCGAAAGCUCGAGGCGAGCCGCAUUAGGCAUGAGGUCACCGCGUCUCCACAGCUACAGACAGUAAUCUGAUCUAAUUGUUAGACGCGGAUUAAGCAUUGAAAUGUUUCAAAAUGAUUGUUCAAAAGAACAGCUCGACCGGUUCUUUCAUUGUCAUUAUUUCAGUGUUGUCCGUUUUUCUAUAUUGUGGCGGAUUUCUCAGAGUGGAGCUUGUAUUACACCAGCACCAGGAAAGAAUAAUCGAGCUUGAAGAAGUUGUGGAGGGACUGAAGACGAUUGUUAACGAUGGAAACAGGAAUUUGUUCAAGAAUCAGGCGAUCCAUGAAUUUCAACCCAAUAACCCUCGAAGAAACAAGCGACAUGCUGAUCUUACCAAAAACGCAACAGGCGACCAAAGCACAGAGGACGUGAUACUUAAAAUCAACAAACUUUUGUCGCAACUCCAUCCGUCAAAGGGUCACACCUGUUCAAAUGGACUCCCAGGCCCUCCCGGCCCACCUGGAGCGAGAGGAAAAAAAGGAGCCCGAGGAAGAAGGGGAGAGAAAGGAAGAACUGGGAAGAAAGGCGAUAAAGGAAUCAUGGGAUAUCCUGGGAUAAGCGGCAAGCAAGGCAUUAUGGGCCCUGUUGGAAUGAAAGGAGAAACAGGAAUCAAAGGAAUCAAAGGAAGCAUGGGGCCCCAAGGCAUGCCGGGAGCUAAAGGAGAGCCUGGAGAAUCUCUGUCAGCCCCUGGUGUCGUCAUUUCUCCUGUGAAACUAACGGUUAACGAGAAAGGAGCAGCCUCCUUUCGGUGUUCAGCCGGUGGUAAUCCCGAGCCUUCAGUAGUGUGGACCAGAGCGGACAAUCACUCAGAAAUCACUCAAUCAGCACUUUCAGAAGCUAUGCUGCAUUUGGAGAACUUGACAGAGAGUGACUCGGGCUUGUAUCAGUGUUCAGCGAUCAACAUCUUAGGGCAGGCGCAGUCAUUGGCUCGGCUUGUAGUAAACGUUCAUCCUCGCGUUUCUCUUCAUCCGGGACCUCAUUACGCCAUUGAAGGAAGUAAUUUCACCUUUCCGUCUUGCCACGUGAUUGGACAUCCGUCUCCAGUGGUUACUUGGAGAAAAUUAUCUGGAAAAUUACCACAAGAAAGGGUGCAGUAUAACAACAGUGGUUUACAAAUUUCUAAUGUCCGCAAGACUGAUUCAGACACGUAUUUCUGCUCAGCCGUCAACUUGGUAGGAACUACGGAAAAAAGUUCUCUCUUGGUUGUUGUAUCUCUUCCUCGUUUCCACGUGAAGCCACCUGUAAGAGUUGUUAUAAGAAAAGGCGAUACUCUGACAUUAAAUUGUAGUGCAACCGGUGAUCCAAAACCAGUCGUGAGCUGGAAAAAGCAUGGAGCACAGCUACCAGCUGAAAGAAGUCUGCAAACCAAUGGUGUCUUAGUCCUAAGAGACGUGAAAAUAAGCGAUGAGGGGUACUUCAUUUGCGUUGCAGCAAGUGCAGGCGUGUUUGAGGCGGAAACUCUGACCUACAUCGAUGUGCCAAAGCUAGGUUUGUACUCACUUCCCGGCUCAUUCCUGUAAGGAAAUCCGGGACCUUGGGGUCUGUAGAAAAGAUGGCAAGUACUG